CUGGCCUCCAGUAAAGCCAGUAGUAAUAUGGAGCCCUUCCCCCAGUCGAUUCAGAUACACAUGUGUCUCAUGGACAGUCAGGCGGUGCUGGAGGACUUUGCAGACGUGACCCAGUACGAGAGAGGCCACCUGAACCCAGACCAGCACCAGUCUGAGCCCCUGGAAAAGGCAGCCACCUACACCCUGACCAAUGUAGUGCCUUAGUUCAACACCGGCCCCUGGGCCCAGCAUUUGGACCGCAUCAGACAACGCCUCAACAACUACUGCUGUGGCAACACCUAUGUCGACACAGGAGUCACCUCGGCCGGGAACAUGAUCUGACGGGACAACCAGGACUGUGUGGGCAUCCCAGAGUACUACAUUGUAGAAUAAUAGUGAAGCCAUCAAAACUAUGAAAUAACACAUAAGGAAUCAUGUAGUAACUAAAAAAGUGUUAGGCAAAUCAAAAUAUAUUUUAUAUUUGAGAUUCUUCAAAUAGCCACCCUUUGCCUUGAUGAUGGCGUUGCACACUCUUGGAAUUCUCUCAACCAGCUUCACCUGGAAGGCUUUUCCAACAGUCUUGAAGGAGUUCCCACAUGUGCUGAGCACUGUGUUGGCUGCUUUUUGUGGUCCUCUGUAGCUCAGCUGGUAGAGCACGGCGCUUGUAACGCCAAGGUAGUGGGUUCGAUCCCCGGGACCACCCAUACACAAAAAAAAUGUAUGCACGCAUGACUGUAAGUCGCUUUGGAUAAAAGCAUCUGCUAAAUGGCAUAUUAUUAUUAUUAUUAUUACAUGUGGACGGCAGACUGCUGGCCAGACUACGACCACAAUGCCCCCUACCUAGAGCGCUACUGCCUCCCCGUGUUUGGGGCCUACGGCCUGAAUGAUAGGGUCAACAAUGCUGUGGUGGAGGUGCCUAUCAAGACCCUAGAGAACUUUCUGAAAGGACGGAUGGACGUGGACAAGUACUACCUACAAUGA